UCGUCGUAAGGUCCUGUUCAGUAGUGAAGAUGCUGCUGCGCCUCUGUGAGGAAGCCUGUGAUGUGCGCCAGCGGAGCGACUGUACCUUGGCAUCCCGGUGAACUUCUGAGGAGACAGAAGGAGCGAGAAACAGCUCCAGAGACUCACAGACUGAACCUGCUCUGCGGGGAUCGUUUCACCACUGAAGAAACUACGCGGCUACGCACUUUGACUUCAUAUCUGCCUUCAUGCGCAGAGCUGGAGAGCUUGAGGUUAACUUUGUUUGAUUGGAAACGCUGCCAUCAGUCAGGCUGUCCUUCACGGGGAAGCAUUAGUAUCUUUUCAUCUGUAAAUCACUGUAAAUAUCUCAUUGUAACUUUAUUUCACUUUAUCUAAACCAUUCUGUGCUCGCUGUUCAGAUGAGACUGUCAGUCAUACGCGCGUCUCCAAACGAGGACGCACCGAGAACGCACAAGGGUCGAGAUUAUUUGCUCGUCUCUGAGCUCUUAAACACAAUGUCGCUUCGCUGCAAAUGACACCAAAUUAUAUUAUCAUAAAUUAAAUAUCCCCACCUUCAAAGCAGUAAUUUAUUCACUGAGGAAAAAAAGGACCAAACUCCGUGCGCUAAGGAAGUUUUAAGUUUUUCGGGCUGUAAUGUAAAUCCGCAGAGGCUGGUGCACAGCAGUCAGCGUCACGAAAAUUUACUCGUGUUCUGUUUCGGAAAGAAAUCUUCUCUACAAAGUGGCAAAUCUUCUUAAUUGAAAGGCAGUGAUCCGUGUCUUGACGCAUUGCCCAGGACUGUUUUGUAUGCUUAAAAUGGACUUGGAAGGGCUGCCGUGGAGGAUGCAAGGGAGCUUUCGUUUGGAAACAACACAGGGACAAAGCCAGAGCAUCUGAGAGUCCUGGAAAGAUAAUCCCAGUAUGGCCUCGGUUCUGGAGAACGGCUGCUCCAUGGAGCUGAACGGCUGGAACAGCAGUGUGGGCAGCGCCGGAGCCUCGGUGCCCUGUAACCAGAGCAUCCUGAAGCUCGCCCCUUACUCCCCUGAAGCCACGGCGGCCUUCGCCACCGCCAUAACCUUGAUGGUCCUCUUCACCAUCGUGGGCAACAUCAUGGUCAUCAUCGCUGUCCUGACCAGCCGCUCCCUCCGAGGACCGCAGAAUCUCUUCUUAGUGUCACUGGCUGCUGCAGACAUCUUAGUUGCCACACUCAUCAUCCCCUUCUCUCUGGCCAAUGAACUGCUCGGCUACUGGUUCUUUAAGUCUCUGUGGUGUGAGAUCUACCUGGCGCUGGAUGUGUUGUUCUGCACCUCGUCAAUUGUGCACCUAUGCGCCAUCUCACUGGACCGCUACCUGUCCAUUUCCAGGGUGACCUACGGGCGUCAGCGGACUCCCCAACGCAUCAAAGCCGCUAUUGUGGUGGUGUGGCUCAUCUCUGCCAUCAUCUCCUUCCCUCCUCUGCUCUCACUCAACAAAAGCGAGGGAGGCAAUGCGGGGACUGACAGAGGACCUCAGUGCCAGCUGAAUGAUGAGCGCUGGUACAUUCUUUACUCCACCAUCGGCUCAUUCUUUGCCCCCUGCCUCAUCAUGAUCCUGGUCUACAUCAGAAUCUACCAAAUUGCCAAACAAAGAACACGAUGCCCACCAGGAGAGCCCAGGAAGGAUGGGGUCGGCUGUGCUACACCCAGUCAGCCUCCACGACAUGUGCAAGCCAACGGGAGGGAUGAUGAAGAAAGCACACCCCCUUCAUCAACCAAAGCCUCCAAUACCAGACCCCCCACCCUCGCCAUCACUCCCUCUCCCACCCUGGGAGACACUCAAACCACCCAGAACACCACCACCAAUAAUCUCCUGCAACCUCCAUCUCCUUCUCUAGCCAUGACCCCUGUCACAGCCUCCCUUGAUACCUCCCCUCAUGGCCCCACAACUCCCCCCUCUGUGCCUCAGUCUGCCCCUGCCAAGACUAAAGAGAAGGGAAAGAAAGGCAAGCGGCAGGGAGGGAAAAAGGCUGAUAAUAACAAUGGUGACAGCUCGAGCACAGAGAGUGACAUGGAGCACAGCCAUGGAGGAGGCCGAGGCAGCACCAGCAUGCCCGGGUCACCUGCAGGGGUCCACUCCCCGGCCUCGGUCAAGCGCUACCGGGACAUGAUCGCGACCUCAAAGGGGGCUCGGCUGGUGCCAGGGAGGAAGUCGAAACCAGAGAGCACCCCUGGAGCAGCCAGGCGCAAAGCGAUGGUCAACAGAGAGAAGCGCUUCACCUUCGUCUUGGCGGUGGUCAUCGGUGUCUUUGUGGUGUGCUGGUUCCCCUUCUUCUUCUCCUACUCUCUGCAGGCAGUGUGCCCGGAGACAUGCGCCAUCCCUGACCCUCUCUUUAAGUUUUUCUUCUGGAUCGGUUACUGCAACUCCUCACUCAACCCAGUCAUAUACACCAUCUUCAACAAAGACUUCAGAAAGGCCUUCAAAAAGAUACUGUGCAGAGGCACCAAGGGUACUUUCUUCUAGCAUACAAACCCACUGUACAGGACAAGGACAUUUAAAGAAAUGUAAUCAUUUCCAUUUGUCAGAACACUCAAAGGGCUGUUUUAAAAAAUAUGUUGAACUGUGGAAAUUCCAGCAUAAAAUUCAGAACUGAGAGCCACACUUUUACAGCCACAGUGUGCGCAAACAUGAAACUUGGACUGUGAAAUCUAGUGUGCAGCAGAAACACAUUUUUACAGGGUGUGGGAUGAAAACAGGACAUGGAUCAGAGACAGCACCAGACACUUCACUGCUUAGCACUCCAGUAUAGCAGAUAAGAUUUUGAUUGCAAAGUUUUAUCUGCAGAUCACAUUGAAUAAUGGAUAAUGCUGGGAUACAGAGGGGUGCAGAACCAUGGAAGAAAUGUACACAUAAAACUUAAGGUCUUGAGGAAAGCAGGAAAACAGUUGAGAACGAAUUCCUGGCUAAAAAUACAGACAGUUUAAUGUAUUAUAUAUGCGGUUUUGUAGUUAUUUAAGACUCCAGGACUAAUGGGGAAAGAAAACAAGUAUAAAGAAGGAAAAGUGACCUUAGAUUUCUACGAGCCUAGGGCCAUUUAUUUAUCAAUACAGAGCACAAGGAGCACACAAAGUUAGUGGUGAUUUCUUACGUCUGCAGUCUUAAUUCACCUGGCUGCAGGGCAAACAUGUGUUCCCAGAUUUUUAUCUAAAAGAGCAGCAACAACAAAAAAAGGGUUUCUGAUGAUCUCUAAUGCGACGGCAUAGACAAGGGCACCCUUUCAAACUGAACUUGUGGGCUUUCAUGAGGAAAGUCUGCACGUCAGACACCUUGCUCCUGGCUUGGUGUGGGUCAUAAUGGCCUCUCAGAUUGUUUGUAAUGACACUCUCGGCUUUUAUCUUUCAUGAAGUACAGAAAUAGCCGGAGUGUAGGGGAUUUUGGACUUGAGUGAAAACCACAUGUGUGAUAUGAAGAUGUGAAAGUAAAACAGUGUGACCCUCCCUCCUCAUCCUCUUAGCUUGUUGUUUCUUGCUUUUUAACUUAACCUGGACGAUCACAUCACCGGACUGGACUGAGCCAUCCCUCUGAUUAACUCAAUAUUUGGACAUUUAAGAAACAAUCACAUCAAUUUUUAGCUGCUUCAGAUGUUAUUCUGAGUAUCUAACGGGAGGUGCAUCAGCUGAAGACUGACAAAGAAAAAAAAAUCCUAUUAUUCAACAUUGUUUUCCAGACACCUGAAUAAGCAAGUAGACAUUUACAUUGACUGUAAAGGACAGAUGAACAAUGCAAUUAUGGAUGUGUAAUGUUACCCCUAAUUACGCCUACAUGGGUUAUUCUGAGAGCCAUUUGGCUGAGUCACUCCUUCCCUCUGGCACAUCAUCGCCUGCGGUGGACCUCUACAUGGCACAUUUGGUUUAUAGCUGAGAGGCGAGAGGAUGAAUGGUACAUUUAUUUUUCUCACCAUGAGACUGAGGCUCUGUCAGCUUCCUCGACAAAAAAAAAAAAAAA